AUGAAGAACCGCAGGACACCUACGGUGAGGACCAAGGAACAGCACACCCUCUGCGCCACCGCCUCCCGUGGCCCAGGAGAGCUUCAAAAUAUGUUGGAUGGGGGAGAGUAUGCACCGUUUGUAGCUCCCCCCGUGUUAGAGAGCAAUUUUAUCCAGGUCAACAGGAGAGGUGAAUCCAUUUACCUUCAUCACAGAGCCAACUGGGUGACCGUAGGCAUCUGCUCCUCCAGUCCCACCCAGAAGACCCCCAAUGUGAUGCUGCUGGCACAUCAGACACCCGCCACCCAAAACAAUACAGAACUCCUGUUUAAAAGUCUCCUGACAUCGCCUUGUGCAGAGAAACUGGUGCUCACCAGGUUUCUCCCUCUGCAAUUUGUGACUCUUUCUGUGCAUGAUACUGAGAAUAUGCGCCUCAAAGUAAAACUGGUGAGUGGCCGAGUCUACUACCUACAGCUCUGUGCCCCUGCGUGUAAACAGGAUGCCUUAUUUUCUCAGUGGGUGGACCUCAUCUCCCUCUUGAAUCAGGAGAAAGCCAAAGCUUCGAAAGCAUCAGAGGUUUCAAGCUUCUCAGAAAUCACAAAUAGCACAGAAAUCACAGGCUCCAUGGACAUCAUGGAUGUCACAGAGUUCACUGCUCCACAGACCCCCAACAUGUACACAAGUGCAGACCCCGUAUCAGCCAAGGAAAGCAUAGAUUCCUCAGAAUUCACAGAUGUUACCGACAUCACAGAUGUCACAGAUGUUCCGGAAAAUGAAGUCACAGAGGUCCCAGAUGUAAGAAUUGUCACAGAAGUCACAGAAGUCACAGAAAAGUCUGAUGUCACAAACUUCUCCGAGGUCACUGUGGUGUUUGAAAAUGAUGACAUAAUAAGGGCCAAGCAAGAGGAAAAGGAAAAAAUGAAAAACAUUCUGAAGCCUGGGUGUCUACGAAAUACAAAAAGUAAUAAUGAGUUCAAAGAAUCCUCAAAACAUGUCACCAUCUCCAACAUAGCACUAACUUUUGAAGACAAUAGAUAUUUUCAAACUACCUUGACUUCUUUAGAAGAUGAGGCAAACAUACCCAAGCAGAUGGCUGAUAAAACCUCUCAAGAUGAGAUGACUGAUUUUAAAAACAAGGCACUCAAGGCUGUAGAAUCCAGGAGCACGAGAACUGAUUCAGCCACUUCAGAACGUAUUUUAAUCUGCUUGAAUUCUGUCCGCCACGGAUCUCACUUUCACAGCGCCUCCCCGCGUCCUGCCCUGUCCAGCGGCGGACACCUGUCCUCAGAGCACCAGCUUUCCCUGGAUGUGACCUGCAUCCAUCCGAGGGUUCUGUGA